AUGCACACCAGGGAGAAACCAUUUAAAUGCAUAUUGUGUGGAAAGAGCUUCACUGGGAGUGGUAGCCUUAAAGAGAUCAACCAGAAUCCCAGGCUCUUACCCAACAUCACCCUGGGUUACAGCAUCCAUGAGAACUUUUUCGAAGGAAAGAUGACAUAUGAUGCUUUGCUAGACCUGCUGUCUACUGGGCAGGCGAAUGUUCCAAACUAUAGCUGUGGAGGACGGAAUAACCUGCUGGCUGUUCUUGAAGGGGCUGACUCUGAAAUCUCCAUCCAGAUUUCAAGCAUGUUGGGCAUCUAUAAAACCCCACAGUUCUAUGCUUUCCUGAAAAGCCCCCAGUUUUAUAAUUCUUCCAUGGAUGGAAUAUAUUUAGAUGAGAACGGGGAGCUGGCAGCCAAUUUGGACAUUGUGAAUUGGGUGGUAUUUCCCAAUAAAUCCAUCCUCAGGGUGAAGUUUGGGAGGAUCAACAGGCGAGGAUCCCCAGACCUGGAGUGCACCAUUGACCAGGAAGCCAUUGUGUGGCCCAAAUGGCUCAGCCAGAUGAAUGACCCGAUAACAAUGGAGGGCUGCAUUGUGUUAGGAAUCUUCAUUAAAUACCUAAGAACUCCAAUAGUCAAAGCCAACAACCGGGACCUCUCCUACAUCCUCCUCAUCUCCCUCCUGCUUUCCUUUUUGUCUUCCUUCCUGUUCAUCAGCCGGCCAAGGAAAGCAACCUGUCUUCUCCGACAAAUGGCCUUCAGCAUCAUCUUCUCAGUUGCCGUCUCUUCUGUGUUGGCAAAAACCUUCACUGUGGUGCUGGCCUUCCUGGCCACAAAGCCAGGGAACAGGGUGAGGAGAUGGCUAGGGAAGUGUCUGGCCAACUCCAUUGUCAUUUCUUGUUCCAGUGUCCAAGUUGUCAUCUGCACCAUUUGGCUGGGGAUCUCUCCCCCAUUCCCUGAAUCUGAUAUGCAUUCCCAGGCUAGAGAGAUCACCCUGCAAUGCAACGAAGGGUCUGUGGUCAUGUUUUAUGGUUCCCUUGGCUAUAUGGGGUUAUUGGCUGCCAUCUGCUUCACAGUGGCUUUCCUUGCCAGGAAACUGCCUGGGGCCUUCAAUGAAGCCAAGCUGAUCACCUUCAGCAUGCUGGUCUUCUGCAGUGUUUGGGUCUCCUUUGUGCCCACCUACCUGAGCACGAAGGGGAAAUACAUGGUAGCCGUGCAGGUCUUCUCCAUCUUGGCCUCCAGUGCUGGGCUUCUCGGCUGCAUCUUUAUUCCCAAGUGCUACAUUAUUGUAUUCAGGCCAGAUCUGAACACAAAAGAGCAUCUGACAACAAAAACUAAUGAUAACAUUUGA